CGCCGUAGAGGCCCGAGUUUUCCAUGUAGGCGACUCAGCCGUGCGACACAGAAGAGUGCGAACAUAGCAUGAACAAACUCUUUCUGUCUGAUGCUCGCUCUUCUUAGAGGAUUUCUUUAAAAACAAAACAAACAACUUUUAAAACUUUGCUUCUAUUUCUACAACAUCGACCACUACAACUACAACUACAACUACAUCUACAACUACAACUACAACUACGACUGUAUCACCAACAGCAACAAUCACACCAUCCAGAGCAACAACACACACGUACAGCAACACACGCAAAUCUAAGCGGAAUAUUUACGGAACAGUAGUUGCGGAGUUGGGUGCAACGAGAACCGUGACUACACCUUUCAAUACCAACAGCAGCAUCCACGCCCACAGAUCCAACAAACAGGUGAUAGCAAGUAAUAAAACACAAUGGCGGCGUUUAUUGCGAAGCAGAUGGUUGGAAACCAAUUAAGUGCUGUUAAAGAUGCUGCAGGCGGAGGUGAUGGCGGCGAUGAUGGUGACGAUAAGGAAAAGGCAGAGGAGGAAGAGAGGGAGCGUCAGGAGGCCAUUCGUGAAGCCGAGGAACGGCGCAAGGAGAAACACCGCAAAAUGGAAGAGGAGCGCGAGAAAAUGAGACAGGACAUACGUGAUAAGGUAAAUAUAUAUACAUAUAUAUAUAUAUAU